AUGCUUGGACCAUGGAAGAAUUUCAGCAGGAGUCAAGUCAAGAAUAUGGUGGUUUACAUUGUGGGCAUUAUGUUUUACAAGUUUGCCCUAGAAUGGUACAACGGUGCAUUCAUCACCUUGGCGAAUGAACGAUUCGGCAACGAUCGUUACCGUAAGAUUGGUAUUCUUACUGGUCUCAAUUAUGCCAUGCAAUGUGUGGGAUCAAUCAUCGUCGCGCCACUGAUCAAGAAGUACCACACACGAAGUGUUCUCUCGGCGGCGGUGCUCAUUUUUGGCAUGAUUUCGGCCAUUCUAUUGGUUGUAGACGGCGCGACUGGCGGUACGAUGAGGUUCAAGACGGCGAAUAAGAAAACAGCCUAUGGAGACUGGAACCCUAACGGUCUCUUCCCGAUAUAUAUCGUCUCCGGCGUUAGCUAUGGUACUGUUGAGCUCAUUCGACGCGUCAUUCCUAAGGAUAUUGUGGGUGGUGACGUCCAAUUGCUCAGGCGUAUGGACGCAACCGUCCAUAUUCUCUACGAAGUCGCUGGAACUAUCGGUGCCUUCAGUAGUGUAUCCCUCAUCGGCAAGUUCGGUUACAAUUAUUCUUUCUUUUUAUCUCCUGUAUUUUUCAUUUUCGCUGCCAUUGCCUGGCGUUGCGUCGACCCUGUCAGUCCUCGUCAAGAUCAAAAUCUCACGUCGUUAGAAGACUUUGAGAGGAAAGGAGGAGACACGGGAUAUAUUGGUAGCGUGUUGUCCGGUUUCGUCGCCUUCUUCAAAGCAUCAUAUUACGGUGCUUUUUUGGUUUUCUCGCACCGUAAGUUUGUUUGGCUCGUUUCUGGCUAUGCAUUGGCUCUCUAUGGACACCGUUAUCUCGAGAAUGGGCUCGCUCCUAUCUUCGCCAAACAGGUUCUAGGUGUUUCGUCCUGGUCCCAAAUAAUCGUUGGUGGCUCUAACCUCGGCGAGCUUUUUGGAGCGAUGUCUGUGUUGAUUACCACAAACUACGUGACCACUCCCUUACCUUGGCUGCGACUGGACGCUUUGGCGCUUAACAUCGCAUGGGUUCUUCCUUACAUCGCUGUUCAACCUGGAAAGGUUAGAGAAGCGUGGAGGAUCGCUGCCAUUUUCCUGCCAGUGUCUUUCGGUUGGGCGGCUGGCGAUGUUUCUCUGGCUGCAUAUAUCCAAGCCACUCUUGCCAAAAUCGAAAGCAAGGAUAGCAGCGUGUCCUCCCUGGGGGCAGUCAUGGCGUUUCUUUACGUUCUUUACAUCAUCGUCUACGCUGUCCUCUCCACUGUCCUCGGAAAUUGGGUCGACAAACGUCUCGCUGGUGCCUCAACCGGAUCCGCACUCGCUGUUGAGAGAGCGCGCGAUGCGCUGAAAUACAUCGGAGGUGUCCAAUUCACUAUACUCUGCAUUGUUGUUAUUACCUCUACCUUUAUUCCCAAGGGGUCCUUUGCAUUCAACCCUAAGGAUUCCGAUUUCAACGCCGAAGAUUCUGGAGACCUGGAGACAUCGAGUGAAGACAAUGAUCUUAAGGACCCUAUUAAGCUGAAGUAAGGAAUGACUGCCACUGCGAAGUCAUCAACAUCAUACACGAGAUCGUCCUUUUAUAAGAGAAUGGACUUCGUUUUUAUUCUGUCUGUUCCACAGACGUAUGGCGUGUAUACCCCAAUUUAUGUAUUCCCCCCUUCUACUUAUAUUAC